CCUUUACACGCGAGACCAAAUAUCGAAGUUAGCGGUGCGGCGCUGGGGCGCGGCGGUGACAGUUGGCGCGCGGGUGGAUGGUUCCCAUCCAGGCGAGGAUGCAGAAGGUGGCGGCUGGGCUGGUCGCGGCCGCUGUGAUCGCGCUGCUACUGGACUGGUAUAGCCCUUCGGGGCCCCAGCAACCGCUUCCCCACGCCCGCUCCUUCGCCCCCGAGCCGGCUCCGGGAGCUGAGGAGAAUAACCUCUUCUGGUUAGUCCAGGUAUCAGAUCUACAUAUCAGUAAGUUUAGGGAUCCAGGUCGAGCCCCUGAUUUUGAAAAGUUCUGCACUGAAACAAUUGAUGUAAUUCAACCAGCUCUUGUUUUAGUAACAGGUGACUUGACAGAUGCCAAAACAAAGGAUAACAUUGGGUCUGAUCAGGUAGAGGUGGAGUGGCAAACUUACCAGACAAUCUUGAAGAGGUCUAAAGUCAUGGAAAAAACCAAAUGGAUUGACAUUAAAGGGAAUCAUGAUGCAUUCAACAUUCCAAGCCUGGACAGUGUCAAGAAUUACUAUAGGAAAUACUCUGCAUGGCGUAAGGAUGGCUCUUUCCAUUACAUCCACCACACAUCUUUUGGCAAAUACUCUUUUAUCUGUGCUGAUGCAACCCUCAUUCCAGGUCCCAAGAGACCCUACAAUUUCUUUGGAAUUCUAAAUGCGAGUCAAAUGGAAGAGCUACUUUCACUGGCUGCAGAAAGUCAUGACAGUAACCACACUAUCUGGUUGGGUCACUAUCCCACCUCAACAAUAAUCUCUCCAUCACCAGGAAUACGGAUGGUUAUGAGAUCUGCUACAGCCUAUUUGUGUGGACACUUGCAUACCCUGGGUGGUCUGAUGCCAGUUUUACAUGCUCAGCACCAUCAUGGCACUCUAGAACUGGAGCUGGGAGACUGGAAGGAUAAUCGGAAAUUCAGGAUUCUUGCUUUUGAUCAUGAUCUCUUCAGUUUUGCUGACCUGGAUUUUGAGACAUGGCCUGUAGUUCUUGUCACCAAUCCCAAGCCACUCCUUUAUAGUAGCUCUGCUCAUGAACCACUACAGAGGAUUCUUAAUUCUACCCACAUCAGAAUUUUGGCCUUCUCUCCCUCUCCUAUCAAGUUUGUCAAGGUCAGUAUUGAUGGCAUUCAUCUAGGUGAUGCUCUUCAUGUGUCUGGACCUCUCUAUGUCCUACAGUGGAGCCCCCAAAGCUACAGUCAAGGAUUUCAUCAAAUAAAUGUGACAGUUCAGGAUGCCAGUGACAAGAGUACUACUCAGCUUCAUACAUUCGCAAUGGAAGAAAACCUGUCUCUCAAAUUUGGCUUCUUUCCAUCUUGGCUUCUUCUUGCUGACCUCUAUAUAUGGGCUCGGGUAGCAUUUGCACUCGUGGUUAUCAUCCAGAUUGCCUUUCUGAUUAUUUUCCGGUAUUUAGGGAGGCCAGCACUUAAAGGACAUCCCACCAGGGCAAUGCAGGCUUCUCUUUCACUUCACAUCCUGAGCAAAACAAACCUCUUCUAUUACUUCUUCUUGCUGCUGAGCUUGUAUACUGUUCUAGGUCCCUGGUUUAUUGGUGAGAUAAUAGAUGGUCACAUGGGUGCCUGCUUUUCUUUUGGGGUAAUAGUUGAUGGUCAUUUCUUUCAAGGCAGUAUAACAUUCCUAGUUGGAAUUUUGCAGGUGAUGUUUUUCAACAUACCUUUGAUGGCAUAUCUGUGCUGGUGCCUGUUUCUGCGUUGUCAAGGAAACUGUUUUGGCUCUCACCUACAUAACGUUAAACAGUAUCAUGCUGUGCCUGUCCACCUAGCCAUGGCGCUCCUAUUUUCCUGGCAAAUCUACUCCUGCUUUUUCCUGCUGCAGACCUAUGGAGCUAUGGCUUUCUUCCUAUCUCCACUGAGGACUUGGAUUGUGGGGCUAACUCUCUUUCUGGUUUACAGAAGCUGGACAAUGAACUCUUCUACUCUGAAAACCUUUAUUGUGCAAAUAAAAAACAAUCAAAGCUCUUAAUGCCUCCUCUUCUGGCAGAUGAAAUUCACUUUCACUGAAACUGUUAAGUGGUGAAGCUGUGAGCUACAGUUUGUAUGAAUGAUGUCCAUGCAAUCUGAACAAUUGAAUGUAAAGGUUUGGAGUUCUGAGAGACUUCUGUAUUGUGGUAUAAUAUGUCUUUAGGCAGGAGAAAGCUAUAAGCAGACUUACAGUGCCUAUCUCAGGAGCUGAUUAUAUUUGUUGACGGAAAUUGUUUUGAAUUGCUUUUACAUAAUGAUAAAUGAAGUUGAUUAGAAGUUGAUACUGGAAUGUAAGGUUUCUACUUUUCUGUGUUUAUAUAGAGUGCUGUACAUGUAAACCCAGAAGCACUUGGUAUUUGAUUUUGGGCAAUGUGGAGGACAAAGCGGUAUAAUAAUAAGCAUGCCUGCAAUCUGAUAUAGAUUUGGCAUAUAUGGUUGUCUUUUCCUCAGAGCAGCAUGCCUCUCACUGGCAUUAGAAAAUGGUUUUGAAACGGUUUCCAAAAGUGAUCUGCUAUGUAGCAUUGGGGGCUGUUAAUGGAAACACAAGUCCAAUUCCCACAGGGCAUAUUGAGUUACUUGCACUGUUUUCUGGUUUGUGAUCUAUCUUAUAUAUCUUGUAUGUUCUUAAUUUAUUUUUCAAAUUUUGUUUGUCUGUGACUGACCGGGAUGAAAGUAAUUUAAUUUUCUUACUGGAAUUGUGUCUCUAUGGGAGGCUUUAAGCAGAACAUGGGAAGUACUACUUUGCCACCUUCCUACAAAUACUCCAUACUUUCUUCCCUGGUGACUGCCAAGCUGUGGAGUGUGCCAUAUAUUAAGUCAUUGCUAUGAGAAGAUAAAAUCUACUUUACAGCCUUGCUUUUGUAGUUUGGUAACUGAAUGAUAUGCUGUGUGAAUAAACUAAGAAUGGCAGCCAGUGUCAAGUUCUCCUGCUGUGGUACAGCUCACCUCAUGCCUCAGUGCCAAUCCAUGUUAUCUCUAGGGUUGGGUUCAGAGUUCUUUUCUACCUAUGAAAGGGGGAGAGGGUGCUAAACCAGUGCUGACCCCUCAAGCUGCAUUUCAGGAAGUACAGGAGGCUGCAGCAGGAAGGGGGAUGGGGAGAUCUGUUCUGCAAGCGGAGUUCGACCUGUAAUGCUUUGGAUCAAGUUUCAUAUGCAUGUACUCUGCAUCCCACAGAGUCAGGAGCAAACCUUCCCAUAUGUAGAAUACUUCGUAUGACUGGCCCUGUGUGUGUGUUUGUACGUGAGUAUGCCUCAGCCUUGUCCCCUAACUGUGUGUUCUGAGGGUGGGACGUGUAAACCAAAGGUGUGCAUCUUUCACCUAACGCUUGCAUACAUUCUUGAUCUAUGUACAAACUCUUGCUGUAUUUGCACAAAUAAUCGUUGUGUGUUUUUACCAAAAUAUAAUUGCUGAAUGCAA